AUGCGGCCGCCUCGGCUCUUCCUCGCCUUGCUCGUGGUGCCGCUGCUGCUGCUGCUGCUGCGGCCGGGCGCGGCGUCCACGCUCUCCACGUUCGCCAUGGCCAAGGCCGAGGAGACGACCAUAGUGUGCGGGCUGCUGCCGUCCGCGGCGUCGCCGGCGCUGCUUGACCUCAACUGCACGGCGGCCGGCGGCGACCACCAGCGCCAGGAGACGUACCCCUCCACGCACCCCUUCUCCGCGCUGGCCGGCGGGGAGGACUUCCUCUGCGCCGUCGGCCCCUCCUCCGCGCGCGCCGACGCCGUCGACAUGCGCUGGUGGGACCUGUCCAGGCACGCCGGCAGGUCCAAGCGGGUCUACCUCGGCCCGCCGCUCCGGGCGCUCGCCUCCAGCGGCUACCGCGUCUGCGGGGUGCUCUCCAGCGGCGAGCUCCAUUGCUGGCGCUGGCGCGGGCUGGCCAUCCCCACCGGGCUCCGCUUCGUCGCCGUCGCCGUCGGGAAGGGCUUCGUGUGCGGCAUCGUCGCGGGCCCGCCCACGGCCACGCCUAUCAGGUGCUUCGGGAACAAGACGGAGGAUAUCGAGGCCGUCACCGCCGCGCCGCGGGGCGGGAGCUACGACGUGGUGGUCGCGUGCGGCCGGCACGCGUGCGCGCUCUCCACGGGCGGUGGGCUCUCGUGCUGGGGCAGCGGCGCGCCGUCGUUGGACGGUGAGAACGCCACCGCCGGAUACGCUGCGCUCGCGCUGGGGGAGAGCGGCGUCUGCGGGCUGCGGACCAACGGUACCAUCCGCUGCUUCGGCGACGGCGUCGCUGCGCCGCCGGAGCCCCUCGCCGGUCUGCAGUACAUCGACGUCCAGGCGCAGGGCUGCGCGUUCUGCGGCGUCCUCAUGGCGAACUACUCCCUGGUGUGCUGGGGCGGCCACGAGUUCAACGCCACCAACCGCCUCGUAUUCGACCGCAUCCUGCCGGGCCCGUGCGUGCCCAUGUCCUCGUGCCAAUGCGGCGUCCUGCCGGGCUCGGCCAACCUCUGCGCCGCCGGCCGGUGCAUCUGCGUGGACUGCGCUUUCGAGCUCAACGUCGCCGUCCCCAAGGCAGCGAACCCUGGAAAGGCCGGCAGCGGCAAGAGGAGAAAGAUCAUUAUUUGGGCUGCCGUCGCGGCGGCUGCGUUGCUUGUGCUCGUGGUGGCAUUGCAGUUCGCGCUGCUCCUAUGGUGCCGCCGCCGUCGUCGCCGCAACAACAGCCAGGAUGAGCUUGCCGCGAUGCAGUCCCUGAUGCCGCCACGGCUUGGGUCCAGCAGGAGCAAGGGGCCCGGCAGCGUGGUGGAGCAUUUCACGCUGGACACCCUACGCGCGGCGACGGAGGGGUUCGACGACAGCCGCCGGAUCGGGUCCGGGAGCUUCGGGUCGGUGUACCGCGGCACGCUCCCGGACGGGCGGGAGGUGGCGAUCAAACGGGCCGAGGAUCACGCCAAGUCGUCGAGCUCGGCGGCGCGGCCGGCGCGGCGGCGCGACCGCGAGACAGCCUUCAACUCGGAGCUGAUUGCUCUGGCGCGCGCCAACCACAAGAACAUCGUGUGCCUGCUGGGGUGCUGCGCCGAGUCCGGCGAGCGCGUGCUGGUGUACGAGUUCAUGAUGAACGGCACCCUCCACGACCAGCUCCACGACCGCAGCCCCAUGGCGGCGCCGGUGCUGUCGUGGCGCGGCCGGCUGACCAUCGCGCUGGGCGCCGCGCGCGGCAUCGAGUACAUGCACGUCUACGCCGUGCCGCCCAUCAUCCACCGCGACAUCAAGUCCGCCAACAUCCUCAUGGACGACUCGUGGACGGCCAAGAUCGCCGACUUCGGGCUGUCCUCCGUCCUGGACCCCGCCGGCGACUGCGAGGACAACCCGCAGCAGCAGGAGCAGCCGCAGCAGCAGCGGACGAUCUACACCGGCGGCACGGUGGGGUACAUGGACCCGGAGUACUACCGGCUGCAGCACCUGACGGACAAGAGCGACGUGUACAGCUUCGGCGUGGUGCUCCUGGAGCUCAUGUCCGGCUGCCGCGUCGUGCAGCGGUACGCCGAGAGCGUGACGCCCAAGAACGUGGUGGACUUCACGGUGCCGCACAUCCUCGCCGACGACGUGGCGCGCGUGCUCGACCCGCGCCUCCCCACGCCGACGCCGCACGAGGCCGAGGCGCUAGCCUACGUCGGCUACCUCGCCGCCGACUGCGUGGGCCCCGUCGGCUGCGAGCGCCCGUCCAUGACCGAGGUGGUGGACGCCCUGGAGCGCGCGCUCGCGGCCUGCUCGACGGCGCCGGUCUCCCGCUCCGGGACCGCCCGCCGCGUGCUGUCCCGCUCCGGCACGGACCAGUUUGACCUCACUGACACCGACUAG